UCCUAAAAUGUAUAGACAUUUAGUUUUUAAAUAGUUACUUUUUCUUUCUUUGACAGCCUAGUUUGGGAACUUCCCAUAAACCCUGGCUAACUGGGCAAGCCUGUUUGUCCUUUUUCUCUUGUUCGUACUACUAUUACUCACUGUCUCCUCUCUCUCUCAUUCUUGAGUAAAUUACCACACAAAGGGCUUCAACAGGAAAUGUGACUUGCACAUAUAAAAGGACCUGUUGUGGAACCUCUCUCCAAACCGAAAAAACUAUUCACACUACUGUAUGUUUGUCAGACUGGAAAAGUUACUUCUACCUUAACAGACUGCUGGAGUAUAAACAAGUUAUAAAUCACAAAUAGCAACAGAGAGACUGAAAGCUCAUCAUGGUGGAACAACUGGCUUUCACUCAGGAGAACAAAGAGAGGAUCCAGGCGGUAGAAAACUCUUUUGGACCCUCUGGGAAACCCCUGUUAAGACCAAAUCGUUUUUUGGUAGGCGAAGGGCGACUGAUGAAGCUGUGCCGACGCCGAACCCAGCCCAAAGUCUUUUACUUGUUCAAUGACAUCCUGGUGUAUGGCAGCAUCGUCCUCAAUGGACGCUGGCACAAGAAACAGCAGGUGAUCUCUCUGGAAGAUAUCCAACUGGAGGACCUGGAGGACGGGGUCAUCAUGAAGAACCAGUGGCUCAUACGCACCCCGCGGAAGUCCUUUUACGUGGCGGCCGCUUCUGCUGAGGAGAAACGUGCCUGGAUGGAGCACAUCGAGGACUGCCGGUCCAAGCGGCUGCAGCUCGCCAGCUGCCAGCCCAGGAGCACCUUCGCCACCACCUGGAUCCCCGACCAGGCGUCCGCCAUCUGCAUGCGCUGCUCUGUUGCGUUCACGGUCAACAGACGUCGGCACCACUGUCGCCGCUGUGGCUUUGUCGUGUGCAACGCCUGCUCCAAAGAGCGGGCCAUUAUUGAGCACAUCUCUUCAAAGCCAGUCAGGGUAUGCCGACCGUGCCUCCUCAGUCUGCAGAGCGAGGAGCAGCAGGCCAUUCAGCAGGUGGAAGGGUGUUCACGUUGGGACAGUGAUGGUACGAACUAUUCUGACCAAGACAUCCGCAUUGUUUCUGAGUAUAAGGAGCCCAGUGACAAUGAGUCGGUAGAGGACCAGGCUCCAAAGUACUGGUGUGAGUCGCAGGAAAACACUUUGUCCCAAUACGUCUAUUUCAACCCAGAACAUCAAAAUCCCAUGGUUUCGGGAUUGUGAAGUCAAUUGCCUUGACUUUUGGACACAGUGAGAGGACAAUGUAGCCGAUUAGUGAAGCGUGUGCCACAUCAGAAACAUGACUACACAUAAUCAGUUUUACAGAGUUUACGAAGAUGAACACAAAUCUCAACUAUAUGUUCUGGAUCUUUAUAUUCCUGUUGAUAUACCUGUAUGUGAAUUAGGGGGCUGAAUUGUUUUCCUUAUUUGAUGGUCAACUUGUAGUAUGGAUUGUAGACUGUGUCCAUUAUAAACAAAAACAGUCUGUUUACUUUAUAAAACAUUUUGCACAAAAUACUUAUGUUUUUUUUUUACAAUAUUUAUCUUGGUACAUUUAUAUUUAUUUUCUAUACCUGUAAUUAUUACCUGUAAUUGUAUUUAACUUUAUUUAGCUCAUUUAUAUCAGCCAUGAAUGUACACCUAUGAA